CUCUCUCAGCGCGAGAGCCGAUGACGUCACGAACACGUUCUAGAACGUUCCAGCUCGACGAACGCCAUUUUGAACCAGACCGACGACAACAGAGAAGACGGGGAAAUCAUUUCGUUAUCAUCGACAACUGUUAUUAUUUAGAGGUCUUUCUCAAGCCAGCAGAUGAGACAAAUACGAUUGCGGUCUCCUUGGCUGAGAGAGGUGAGUCUGGAGGGCAGAAUGGAGAACAGAAAGAGACACCGACGAGACUCGCACAGCAGCGAGAGAGAAAAUAAAUACAGAAAAAAACAUCACCACUUCAAGACCAGCGAAGGGCAUUACCUUGAGACAAGGAACUCAAAUGAGAGACUGGAAGAUAAAGAUAGGCGAGCUGUAUUCAGAGACCAUGAGGAUGAGAGCCGGGGUGCUUGUAAAGACAAGGCGAGAGACCGGGACAGGUGCCGUGAUAGAGACCGGGGUCGGGAGCGUGACAGAGACUGGCACCAUUACAGCAAAUCCUCUGGAAACAGCAGGCGAAGCAGCCGGCACAAACACCGGCACCAUCGCUCGCACCAUCAUUCUGACUCGAGGAGCCAUCGCAGGAAAAGAUCCAGGAGUGUUGAGGAUGAUGAGGAGGGGCACCUGAUCUAUCACAGUGGAGACAUGCUGAGAGCAAGAUAUGAAAUUAUGUGCACACUUGGAGAGGGAGCCUUUGGUAAAGUGGUGGAGUGCAUUGAUCAUGAAAAGGCCGGAGCUCGCGUUGCGCUGAAGAUCAUUAAAAACAUUGAGCGCUAUCGUGAUGCAGCUGUGUCUGAGGUUGAGGUGCUGGAGCAGAUUAACUCACUUGACUGUGACAGAAGAUAUGCUUGUGUGCGGAUGUAUGACUGGUUUGAUCACCAUGGACACAUCUGCAUCGCCUUUGAGCUGCUGGGCUUAAGCACGUAUGAUUUUCUAAAGGAAAAUAGCUUUCAGCCCUUCUCUAUGAACCACAUCAAGCACAUGGCCUACCAGAUCAUCAGAGCCGUCAGAUUUCUUCACAAGAACAAACUGACGCACACUGACCUGAAACCAGAGAACAUCCUCUUCAUUAAUUCAGACUAUGAUAUCAAGUACAAUCCAAAAAUGAAGAGGGAUGAGAGAACUCUGAGGAAUCCUGAUGUGAAAGUAGUUGAUUUUGGGAACGCAACAUAUGAACAUGAGCAUCACACCUCUGUGGUGUCCACUCGACAUUACCGAGCUCCAGAGGUUAUUUUGGAUCUAGGCUGGAGUCAUUCCUGUGACGUGUGGAGUAUAGGUUGCAUUCUGAUCGAGUAUUAUCUGGGAUCGACUCUAUUUCAGACGCAUGACAGUAAAGAGCAUCUGGCCAUGAUGGAGCGAGUUCUGGGCCCUUUACCAACACACAUGCUGCAGAAAACAAGAAAGAAGAGAUACAUUCACCGUGAUAAGCUGGACUGGGACGUUCAUAGCUCCUCGGGACGUUAUGUUAGGAAGCAGUGCAAGCCGCUGAGACAAUACAUGAUCUCUGGUAGCUCUGACCACGUACAGCUGUUUGAUCUCAUAGAGCGGAUGCUGGAGUAUGACGUCACGAAGCGAAUCACCCUGGAUGAAGCCAUCAAACACCCUCUUUUUGACUUUCUCAGAAAGACAAAGAAAUAAAUGGAUUCUCUUGCUUUUUUUUUUUUUUUUUUUUUUGCUGAAAGUUCCUCUCUAAGAGAGGCCGUUUCAGUCGACUGUAUCAGUCCUCUGUAUAGAUCAUACACUGCUCUCUUGUUUCUAUUUAUUGUGCUUGUUUUUGGGUUUAGGGUAUGUGACCUGUCGCUCUUGAGUUUUUCAUUGAUUUGUGCUUGUCAUCUGCGUCACGUGACAGAACGAUGUGCUACUGUGAAGGGGCGAGCUUUUAGGGUGUUAAAUGUGUACAGUACCCGAUUUGUUAGCAUUAUCAAUAUAAACGUAGUGAUAUUUGUAAAUGUAUUUUCAGUUUUCCCUUGAUUUUUAAAUAAAAUCAGAUCUGAUCAGUA